AUGGGGUUGGCUCAGCUCAUUGAGCGCGCAAAGCUCCCUUAUGUCUCACAAUGGAUUAAUGAGGAUAUUCGACCUGUAGAGUCUGCCAGGCGAACAUGGGGCUUCUGGACAUUUCAUAAUUACUGGUUGCUGAUCAAUUGUAACAUUGCAACCUUCCUGACAGGGAGUGCGCUCAUCCCGUUGGGCCUGAACUGGUGGCAGGCCAUUAUUGCUAUUGUUGUUGGAAACAUUCUUGCCACCACCGCGAUUGUCAUCAGCUCGCUUGCGGGUGCCUAUUAUCAUAUUGGCUUCUCCGUUUACAGUCGUGCUGUCUGGGGCAUGUGGGGAUCCCAGUUUGCCAUUUGGAAUCGCAUAUUCUUGUGUCUUGGUAUGGCCCAUCUCUUUCCAUAUAACAUGCAGUACGGAUUCCAGUCAUGGGUUGGCGGCCAGUGCUUUGAGCUCAUCCUGCUCUCGUGGGAUCCCAAAUACGAGGAUCGCAUCCCCAACCACAUGCCUGCUUCGACGGGCAUGACGACGGCCCAGUUUGUGUCUUACAUCAUCUUCUUCGUCAUCAGUCUUCCGUUUGUGUGGAUCAAGCCGCAUCGCCUGCAGAAAUUCUUCUAUAUCGCUUGCGUCGUGACCAUGAUUUUCUUUAUCGUCCUCCUGAUCUGGGCCCUGGCAACCAUGGGCAGUGCGGGCUUUGGCGACACCCUGGACUCGGGAACCACCCUUCCCAACACGGGCGGCCCAGGCAGUGUCGCCUGGCUGAUGGUGUAUGGCAUCAUGUCCACGAUUGGCUCGAUUGCUGCCGGCAUCUUGAACCAGAACGACUUUGCGCGUCUGUCCAGGAAGCCCAUGGACGCCGUCUGGGGCCAGCUUCUCCCGUACGGCCUCUACAGCAUCUUCACCUCCGUCAUCGGCAUCCUUGUUGUCGCGGCCACGCAGAAGCGAUUCGACGGCGAGGCCGUCUGGAACCCGCCGACCAUCUUUGUUCGCCUAUUGGAGAAGGACAACAGCCCUGGCACGCGCGCCGCGCUUUUCUUCGCCGGCGUUGCCCUGUGCAUCUCCCAAAUUGGCAGCAAUGUCCCCGGAAAUGCCCUGGCUGGCGGAAUCGAUCUGUCGUCCGUGUUUCCCCGGUACAUCAACAUUCGCAGGGGUGCCUACAUCACGGUUCUUCUCAGCCCGGUAGUCAACCCCUGGCAGCUGGUCAACACGGCCACGACGUUCCUGUCGGUCCUGUCCAGCUACGGCGUCUUCCUUGCGCCAAUGACGGGCAUGAUGUUUGCCAACUAUGUCAUUGUGAAUAAGCGAAAGGUCAAGGUCGACGACUUGUACCAUGGCCACAGCGGCAGCAUCUACUGGUACAGUUACGGCGUUAAUUUCCGCGCCCCCAUUGCGUGGGCGGUGGGAGUUGCUCCAACUUUGCCUGGCUUUAUCGCGGCCGUUAAUUUAUCCGUGUCGCUGCCUGCUGGCAUGACGGAGCUCUACUACAUCAACUACCUGUACGGCUUCGUGUCCAGUGCCGUCGUCUACUCGGUCCUUCACUGGAUCUUCCCUGCCAAGGCGGUCGACGACUUCGUCAGGACAGCUCCGACGGCGAGGGAAGUCCAACAGUACUACACAGACCGCUGGGAGGUGGAUCUGGCCCAGGCGAGCCAUCGUCCCCUUUUGCCUGUUGGCCGAUGCUACAUGCAUGAUGCUGCUGCAUCCGGCCCUCCACAGCUUCGUUUCGUCCCAGCCAGCUGCAGAUAUACCCAAUCUCCCUUACUUACGGAGUCUCCGAAUGCUAAAACCGUCGUCGCAGGUCUCUUCUGCAAGAGCAGGGGACUGACGUGCAAAUCUUCGCCUACUCCUGAUGAGAUAUCAUCUCAACAAGAGAGCGCCGCCGACAGUACCACUGAGAAUGGAGCCUCUGAUGCUGAGCUCGUCACACCUCCAGCCAUAGACUCUUCGCCGAGUCUAGCACGCCGUAGCGUCUCGCACUCCAGUCCGGCAGACACGAUCCAGUCGUCUGCAGGCCUGAGUGCCGCUGGUGAUUUGAGUCUGGAACAGCAGUCCUCUGGUUCCGCCGCCGUGGUACAUCAAGGCCUGGUUCGCCAGUCUUCAGAUGGCUUGGACCAACCCUCAUAUGGUGUCUCUCCUCCGGUCCCUAUUCUAUCAAACGGUCCUCUCCACACUCUCGAGGACAACUUCAAUAGGACCGCUCACUCCAUGGGGCCCUCGGCUGAGCAAGAUACCUACCUCUUGGAUGCCUUUAGGUGUCUCAUUAUAAGUGAGAACGAUGAGAUUGAUGCCAACAUCAUCCAGGUUUAUCCAGGAGGUCCUUCGGCAGACGAUCGUCCCGUCCACUUUUUGCUCUUGGAGAAUGAAAAUCCUGACUUCACCAAUGAGGCAAAGCAAAGUGCAUCGGAUGGGACUGAGAGGCUGGUGUGGCCUUAUGGUGAACGUUUAAUACGCUUAUACUUCAAGCACGUUCAUCCCAUAUACCCUGUUGUCACCAAGGGCCGCUUCCUUGCCCAGUAUAAAAGCAAUCGGAUGAAGAUUCCCGCGUCAUUGCGCGGUGCAAUAUACGGCCUGGCAUGCGUCUUCUGGGACCGCGACCCUACCAUCAAGGAGGCCUGUCCUUUCCAGCAGCAUCAAUGCAUAGAUCACGCUCAUGAGGCGCUCAGGCGUGAGCAUGAGAAUCCUACUCUCUUCAGCCUACAAGCAGGCCUUUUGCUCCAUCACAUCACGCCUCCCGACGUCGACAGUGUUGAGACGCCAAGUAUGUGGACAAUGACGGCACAAACCACUGCGUGUGCCCAAACGAUAGGCCUUCAUCAAGACCCUACUCGAUGGAGCAUUGAGGAUUGGGAGAAGAGAGUGAGAAAGAAGCUCUGGUGGGCGGUAUACGCUGCCGACUGUUGGUCUGCAAUCUGCCACGGGAAUCCUCCACACAUAAGCCCAACCACAUUCAGCACACUCCCACCUGACAUGGACGAUAUUCGAGCCGAUGAGACUGUCCCUGAGGAUUUGCGAUACUUGGUUGAGCCCGAGGACGCCGUCUUCCAAGCUUCAGUUGGAGCUCGAUUUUUGCAGUUUAUAAAUCUGACCAUUGUUCUGAGGGACGUGUUGGAUUGUGCCUUUCAAGUUCGACCCAAUCCAUCAACCCUCGCCGAAAGAACAAUGCAACUCGUCAUGAUGAGAGAAAAAUUCAAUGAUUGGCAUAGCCUGCUGCCACAAUGCCUCGCUCUUGGUCCCGAAAGAGGCCCAGACACAAUCAGCAACUGCCCCCUGCACCUCACAUACUACGCCACUCAGGCCCUCUUAUACCGAGGCCUAAUGUAUCCUGCUACCAGAGUGGCCAAAGCCAAUCCUGAAUCAAACCUUCGCAAAUGGUUCGUCUCUGCUCUGACCGAGUUUCGAGGCUUUGUGGACUUUUUCAACUCUAUUACUGAGGAAGAUUUGCGCGGUUUUUGGUGUCGUCGUGAGUUUUUAUGCUCGGUCUCAAUUUAUCUUACACACAUUGCGGCUGCGUACCAGCUCCUGCAAGAGUUCCACCAAUCUCUAAAGCGCCUCGGGGAAACCUCCCACAAGCCCGGGAGACUUUUGAUCAGACCUGCCAGGCUCAGGCUGGAUUCCUUCUUCCGCCAGGCCGCCACAAUUCUCCGCGGGAGUGAGGCACCCGUCAUUUAG